GGACUGAGGAGCAAGGUUUGUUGCUGGCCCAGUUGGUGAACGAACAUAAAGGUAUGUUACGAGGAAAAUUUGGCCCAACUGUCACUAGCCAAGGCAAGAGGCGCGCCUGGGACACAAUAUCCCAAACAAUCAAUGCCUCUUUUCCACUGGUGGUGCGGACAGGCGACGAUUGUGAGAAAAGGUGGUAUGUGCUGCAGUCCAAGGCAAAAGAUGAGAUUGCAGCACACAAGCGGGAAUCCUCACUCACAGGGGGUGGACCACCUGCAAAGCGGCUGUCCCAGGUGGCCGACACUGUCUUUCAAGUCCUGGGACACUCUGAGGUCAGUGUCACCGGGCUGCCAACAGGCAUUGACACGUCAAUGAUGCAGGCCCUUGAAAUGCAGCAAAGCAUGGAGCCAUCACAAGAACCGGGCCCAUCAAGUUUGCCGCCUGAACCAUCUGCAGCUGCUACUCAGGAUAGCCCGGCGGAUCAAACACCAUUCCCAUCCGCAGCACCUGCUCCGUCAGCAUCCCUGCAGGAGAGAAGAUUGCAACUCACAAUUGAUGUGUUUGAACAACAAAAAAAAGUCCUUUCCCUUCAGGAGGAGUACUACCGCCUUAAAAUUGAACACCUAAAAAUAAACCAUUUAGAGAUUGUGUUCUGUGUCUUGCAUUUAACAGUUGCAGGUGAUGUGCAGUAA